UUGUCAAUUAUCGCGUUGUUUCAACACCUCUGACGUCACGAGGUGUGUUGUUUUGGUGUCUAGCAUGAAAAGUUUGUGCUGAACAUUUCCUUAACAAACACCAUCUGAACAGGAUGUUAAUCGCUUAGUUUUAGAAACUUUGGCAACAAAGACGUUCACUUUUUAUGACAUUUCACAGCUACUAGCCUUUUAUUAUUGUUUUGGGGAUUUUUUAACAUCUCGGUGUUGUCUAAAGCUUGUUAGCUAGCUAGCAAGUGAAGUGGUGACGCUACAGAAUAAUGCUCAAAAUUCGCUUGCUGUGUUUUAUUUAAGUCGUUUAAUGAUUUAGGAUGCGUCAUUUAUGGCUUCAUACCUUCUUUGGAGACUCACUUGCUUCUUGAUAAAAGAACUUUCUGAAAAGCAGGUCUGCACACACAACACUUUGAUUUUGUGGUCUGCUCAAGCUGUGCUAGUCACUGCACUGAUAGGUGCACCAUCAUCAAAGAGAAAAAAUGUUGUAAUAAAUAUCUCAUCACAGCUUUCAUCUAUCAACAAAGGUCUGUAUUUGUGUUUUCAUACCAACGGUAUUCAGAUCACAGCUCAAAAGAAAGCAAAAACAAAGAUGGAUGCACAACCAAAAAACAGAGAUGAAAGGACAAAAGGUUACUUCAAAAAAACCGCCCUCAGACAACAGAAGUGUCCAAAUACUCUUGAACGAUGGUUGGUUCGGCCUUUAAAAAUUUCAAAUGUCACAGAAGAGAGCUCAAGCCAGGAGGGUGUGGGAAUGGCUGAAGAUGUUGGGUUUCAAAUCAGUCCAACCUUAUCUCUGGAUGAGAAAGAUGCAGAGAAGUUGUCAAUUUCUGAUAUAGAUGAAGAAACUCAACCAUUAACACCACAGAACUUGGAUCACCCCCAGCCCCAGUCAGCAGCUGCUACAGUUAGUGGAUUUUCACAGAAAAACUCUCACGAUGAAGAAGAGUUGGAGAAGCAAGCAGCUUCAAGCUCAGAGGGCUCUGCCAAAAAAAGAAUUAAAAUAACAGACUUCUUUUCUUGGCCCUCGUCACAACGUUUACCUGUCAAGCGGCGUUGGCCAGAUGUUUCUUCAGAGGAAGCAGAUCGAGGCAAGAAAAUAAAACCUGCCCAUGUAAAAUGGAUGGGGACACCCAUCAGUGAGCUCAACAGAAUACCAGAAUGUGGUGGAACCCUUCCUCCACUGAAUGGUAUUCCUGGUCAACACACUGUCCUGAUAAGGACAGACCUUCUUAAAAAGGAUGAAGUUCCUGUUCCAUAUCCUUCUAAGUUUAUUGAUAUCUGGGACAAUAUCCAUGUCAAGAUGCCAUGCUCUAGCAAAAACACUAUUCCUGUUGAAGAUCAGGUGAUUGUUCAGGAACCUCAACAUUUGGAAAGUAAGAGUCAGUGGGAGCAGAUCAAGAAAACUUUAACCAAGAAACCAACAAAUGUAGAUGAGUUGACGAAGGCCAUACUAAAGCAUUCUGCUUUCCAAGCCAAAAACGGGGACACAGCAGCUUUGCAUUCAUAUUGCACUAAGGUCCUGGAUCCUGAUGCUGUCGAACAUCUGUUUGACUCUCUGCUGCCAGACAUGAUGCAGUUAGCACUGAGAGUGUCUGAGCUCUGUACCAAGCCGAUCCCCCUCCUGAAAAGAGGAGUGAGCCACUCGAUCACCAUGUCUCAGGAGCAGGUGGCCUGUCUGCUUGCCAACGCCUUCUUUUGCACUUUCCCUCAAAGAGACAUCAGAGAGUGCUGCAACUAUCCGGACUUCAACUUCUUUAGGCUGUUUAAAGGUUCCUCCUCAAAGAAAAUGGAAAAACUGAAAACCCUGAUGUGCUAUUUUAAAAUGGUCACUCAGCAAAUACCUACUGGACUUGUGACUUUCAGUCGACGAAAACUGGAAAAACCACUCAACUGGAAAAGCUCAAAGACACUACUAACAAAGCUCCAUAUUACAUGUGAAGGGACCAUUGAGGACGAUGGUUAUGGGAUGCUUCAGGUGGAUUUUGCAAACAAGUUUGUUGGAGGAGGGGUCAUCGGUGCUGGUCUUGUGCAGGAGGAAAUUCGUUUCCUUAUUAAUCCAGAGUUAAUUGUUUCUCGGCUCUUCACUGAAGCCCUGGAUGAUGAUGAAUGUCUGGUUGUCACUGGAACUCAACAGUUCAGCAAAUACACCGGUUAUAAUGAGACCUACAAGUGGAGUGGCAGCUUCCAGGACAAAACCCCAAGAGAUGCCUGGCAGAGAAUGUGCACUGAGAUUGUGGCUAUUGAUGCUUUAAAGUUCGAGCACUUUCUGGAACAGUUUCACCCGAGCAAAAUCAACCGAGAGCUUAAUAAGGCCUUCUGUGGCUUCAGACACCCCGAGGAAAAGAGUCCGACCCUCGCCGCCGUGGCAACAGGAAACUGGGGCUGUGGGGUUUUUGGAGGUGACACACGUCUCAAAGCUCUGAUCCAGAUGCUGGCAGCUGCCGAGGCGGGCCGAGAUGUUGCUUAUUUCACCUUUGGUGACAGCCAGCUCAUGACAGAUGUCUACAACAUGCACUCGUUCCUAACUCAGAGGAACAUCAGUGUUGGGGAGGUGCACCAUCUCCUGGGGCUGUACUACAGCUCUGUGUGCAGGAGCAGCCUCACUCAGCGCCCUGAUGUCAGCCUCUACUCCUUCAUCUACUCACAGGUCGGCUCCUACGAGGCGCCGGACGAGUCCAACUGAGGUUCGGCCAGACAACACACCACCCCCUCAUGGUGCCAUGUGGCUGAUGAGUCACACUGCUUCAUCAUAAGACAAUAAAAUAUUUGGUUAUUGAAAAUGUCCUCACAAUGCCUUUGGAUUUUUUAAUUUAUCUUUUUGUCAAGAUUCAACUGUGGAUGCAAAAAAAAUGUUAUCUUGACCUCUGACAUCUGAACAUACACAUGUUUUGUUUCAAACAGCAGCUGAACUGUAGCAGGCAGUUAGUUAUGACCCUGUCUGGUGCUCUGUUUGUGGGUAAAAAGGCAAUAGACUGAGCUCCAGUGUGACGCAAUUGUCAUUUUAAUGGUGAAGCAAAGGUUGCCAUCCAUCUUCACAGUUUGUCAUGUUGCCUGUUUUUAUCCCCGUACUUAUUCAGCCUGAUUGAAUUAGCUGUCAGAAAUAAAGUUUAAGGAAACGAGCAACAAGAGUUGUGUUUGGAAAGUGCUGUGAGUUCCCAGAAAGGCGUUAGAUUAAAAGAGCAGACUGUUUAGUUUAUUUACAAAACAUUUUCAAACUGAACAUUUAUGUAAUCGCACUUGAAUGUGAUUAAUUUGCUUUGAUUUUCCACUUAGCCACUGAUCUAAAUGUUUUUUACUAUUUUUCAUUGUUAUCCUACAUAAAAAUGGAAAUAUUGCUUGAUCAAUGAUGGGGUUUGAAAUGAAAUUUGUUUUAUUUUCAAUAAAUGGAAUGGUCUUGAUUUUAAUAC